AUGAAGUUCGAUUUCUCCAUCCUCGCCGCUGCCACCGCUCUCAUCGGCUCGGCCACCGCAGCACCCCAGAACAACAACAACGGUAACAACUGGCAGAGCUACGCUUCACAAGCAAGUUCUUACUGGGCAUCAGCCAACCCCUCCGCUACGGGUGAUUGGUCUUCGUGGGCCAAUGCCGCCUCGUCGUACUGGAACAGUGUCAGCCCCAGUGCCGCUCCCCUCGCAAUGGUCGUCAUACGCUUCGGCCGCAUCCUCAUACUGGGCUUCCAACAGUGGUAG